AUGCCAAAAGAUGCCGAAGUCGAAGACGGCUUUGAUGAACGCCUUGCAGCAUGUCACAAAAGGCGCGAAAUUGAACCGACUCUUGGAACAAUUGCACAAUUGAAGAUGGAUAUAAUCCUGACAAGGAAGCACAACGUACAAGUGAAAGCGUUUAAUGAGAAAGGCGAUAAGCAUUUCAGCCCCAAAACUUGUAAACUGCUCACGAAAGUCAACAACAAAUAG